AUGUCGGAGGCUAAGAAAUGUAUACCAAGAAAUGUUGCUAACGAACCAUGGUACGAUAGACUUUAUCACAAUAAAACUAUGUCUUCAACAAUAAAAUAUGUUAAUUUUAAAAAUCCAGAAGCGCCAUUAGAUAAAUUAGACUUUGCUCUGAAAUCAGUCUAUGAUCAAGAGGUGGAAUUGAUUAACGGUAAACCUUUACCACCACUUACAACUAAGGAUGAAAAUGAACUAAUUGUUCGAAAUAAAGUUGUUGGCCCAGAAGCACAUUCAUUUCCAAAAGCUGGUAGAUCACUGAUAAUUUGGAAUAAUCCAACAAAAGACAGUGUGCAUAAAGCAGACAACGCAAUAUGUGGUCAUCAUUCACAAGAGACUAAUGCUGGAUAUUCAAGGAAACCAAAUGGUGGUCAUUUUAUGAAUUGA